AUGGAGACAUUUGCUGCUCGUCUUGCCAGUUUCGAUCGGGUGUUAUACCCGGAGAAACGCAGGUCGUCCAGCGCGAAGUCUGCGAAACCCGUUGCUUGGCCGCAUAGCCGGCCAUCUCCCGCUGAGCUUGCGCACGCCGGUUUCUUCUAUAAUCCUUACGAAACAAACCCCGACAAUACAACAUGCUUCCUAUGUCGGAGAGCGCUGGAUGGUUGGGAGGAAGAUGACAAUCCGAUCACAGAGCAUCUGAAGCACACCAAAGACUGUGGCUGGGCGAUCAUGAUGGACAUCCAGCAACACAGUUCCAACCCAGCCGAGAUUGAGGAUCCGACAGGCGAGCGGAUAGCGCAAGCCAGGCAAGCCACCUUUGGCGAGUCAUGGCCACAUGAUGGAAAACGAGGCUGGCUGUGUCAGUCAGAUAAGAUGGUUGAAGGUGGGUGGUACUUUUGUCCAAACGAGGAGAGCGAUGACUUGGCCACCUGCCCUUAUUGUAAACUGUCUUUGGAUGGAUGGGAGCCUAAGGAUGAUCCAUUUGACGAGCACUAUCGUCGCUCGUCGGAUUGUUCCUUCUUCGUCUUUGCCAGACCCCCCGGCAAGAAAGGGAAAAGCUCUCGGUCCAAAAAGCCCCGGGUUUCGAAGGCUUCCCGCCUUUCCACUCAAUCUACCGCAUCGGAAGCACCAGUCCCUGAACUGGACGACCCAGGUGACCAAAGCAUCCUGUCCCAGUCGACCACAAAAACCAAGUCUUCAAAGAAGUCUUCCAAAUCAAAGUCCAAGGCAACGAAAUCAAAGAAAGAAGAACCUGUGGAGAGCGAGAGUCAGAUGGAUGUCGAUACCGCCGAUUACAUCCAACCUGAGCCUACGAAAACCAAACGCACCCGGGGGAAGAAGAGAACAAGCAAGGAGCUGCAGAGAGAUGAGGCAGAACUGGUCGGCGCAGAUACCGCCGAAAAGCCUGAACCUCCGGCAAAGAAGAGAGCCACCAAGUCACGCAACAGUACACAGCAGCAGGACUAUGAUCACGGAUUGGAGGCCGUGACGGGAGAUGCCCAAGUAGAGGAGGCUCCUGUCGAAGAAGAAAAGCCGAAGAAGAGCCGCGGAACCAAGAAGAAAACAACGUCCAAAAGCCGAAAGAUAUCUACAGAAUCGGUCACCUCGAGGGCCCCGUCCAUCACUGAAAUUCCCACCAACUCUGAGCACGACGCAGCAAUGGAUGUCGACCCUGAACACGAGAUACCCAGCCGAGCGCCAAGCGAAGAGCCCCUGCCUAAACCAUUAAAAAAGUCCAAAUCCAAGAAGAAGGUCAAGGCGGCCCCAGAGCCGCCAAACGCCGCGGUGGAACACAGUGCAGAGAUCGAGCCACAGGAGGAUCUGAACCAAGAACCCGAACAGGUUCCGGAGCCGAAGCCACCUGUCGAAGAGGCGCAGCAGCCCAGACGCACAAGCAAACGGCAAAGCGCAAGGACUUCCGACAAGGUUCAAGAGAGCAGCCCUGAAGUGACUCCUCAAGGACCACCCCAGCGUGUCACGCAGCCAGACCCUGAAAUUACGGCUAGUGCUGCAAAUGAUUUCAAUCAUCAUGAAUCGUUCGUUUCCGUGGAAAUCCCCGCCAGGGUUCCAGAGCUGGAUGCCAGUGCAGGAGCGAGUGAUAAGGACAUUAAGAAGAAGGUGAAAAGGAAGGCUUCAACGGAAAAGCAGAGGAAGUCAAAGCAAGCAGAUCAAAAAGAUAAUGUGGAGUCGAACAACGACAAGGCUCCCGCUAAGACUAGUGAACCAGAACAUGAUUCUGAUAUCCCGCCACAGAUUGAGGAAGAAAAGCCCCAAGAGCGGACCCCCGAUCAACAGUCUGCUCGACGCAGGUCAUCCAGAGUGCCUCCAAAGACAGCGGAAAGAUACAGCGAUAUCCCCAGGGAGAAGCAAUACGCCAAGUCGCUUGCAGAAUCACGAAGCCCUCAAGUCAACACAGCGCCGGAAGAUGGCCAUCAGCAUGAGGAGAGACCCGAACCUGCUACAGUGUCCCCUCUUCCCUCGCCUUCUAAGAGCACUCCUUCACUGUCACCGCAAUCAUCCGACGCCGAAAACCAACCCCCGUCUUUGAAACCAUCUGUGUCUCGGGCGCCAGUAUCAUCGCCUUCUAAGCGCGCAGUUCGAAUCCCACUUGCGGCCAGUACUCCUUCCCCAUCAAAACGAGUGCCUAAUAAGGGCUCCUUCAACACAUCCCAUCCAUGGACUCCCAUCGACAUUGACGGGAUUCUCGUGGCUGGGACCAGUGACAAGGAAAACAUCGACUUCAACGGCCUUCUGAGCAAUGCCAGAGGCGAGUUGACCAGCCCCGAGAAGAAAAUGACCGUUGAGGAAUGGAUUAAGUGGAAUGCGAGGAAUGGAGAAGAGAAGCUGAAGCGCGAGUGCGAGCGGGUGGUCAGCCAGUUUGAGAGGGAGGGGGCUCGAGCUAUGCGUACACUAGAAGGCAUUGAAUGCACGGAUUGA